AGGGGCGCACCCUCACAGGCCUCCAGCUUCUUGAGGUUGAACUUGAAGGAGUCUUUUGCACCCUUGCCAUUGACCUGCAGCAGCCGUCGUCCUGCACCAGCACUUGCAUGGAGUACUUGAGGCUUUCUAUGCUGGAUCCGGAGCCCAGGUGUCUAUGCUAUGCAGAAACUGAAAACAAAUCACAGGGAGAAUGCUGAGAACCCUGAAAGCCAGGAAAUGCCAUGACUCCUCAUGAUACCCAAGAUUAUUCACCAGAGAAGGGCAUAAAACAUAUAUUUCACAAAGUGAUAAGUGGGAAAUAUAGAAGUUGUGAUCCUGACUAUUUACAAAACUACAAGUGAGAGUGAACACCAGAAAUCAUAAAAAAUCAGGCCUUGUUCACCACCAGAGAAUUUAUACUGGAUAGAAGCCCUACAAAUAUAAACAAUUUGGCAAAGCUUUUAGUAAAAAAAAAAAAGAGAGAUCUUAUUUACCACAGAAGAAACCACACUGGAGAGAUGCCUUACCAAAGGGCAGAAUGUGAUAAAGUUUUUAAAGAAAAAUCAAUCUUUAUUAAGCAAAGCAGAAUUCACACUGAAGAGAAGCCUUACAAAUGUGAAAAAUAUGGUAAAGAUUUUAGUCAAAAAUUAAACCUUAUUUACCAAAGAAGAAUUCACGCUGGAGAAAAGCCCUACAAAUGUAGAGAAUGUGGCAAAGCUUUUAGUCAAAAAACUGACCUUAUUAGCCACAGGAGAACUCACACUGGAGAGAAACCCUACAAAUGUAAAGAUUGUGGCAAAGCUUUCAGUCAAAAAGUAGGACUUACUUACCACAGCAGAACUCACACUGGAGAGAAGCCCUUCAAAUGUAGAGAAUGUGGCAAAGCUUUUAUUCAAAAAACAGACCUUAUUUGCCACAGCAGAACUCACACUGGAGAGAAGCCCUACAAAUGUAAAGAAUGUGGCAGAGCUUUCAGUCAAAAAGUAGGCCUUAUUUUCCACAGCAGAACUCACACUGGAGAGAAGCCCUACAAAUGUAAAGAAUGUGGCAAAGCUUUCAGUCAAAAACCAGACCUUAUUCGCCACAGCAGAACUCACACUGGAGAGAAGCCCUACAAAUGUAAAGAAUGUGGCAAAUCUUUCAGUCGAAAAUCACACCUUAUUCGCCACAGCAGAACUCACACUGGAGAGAAGCCCUACAAAUGUAAAGAAUGUGGCAAAGCUUUCAGUCAAAAAACAGACCUUAUUCUCCACAGCAGAACUCACACUGGAGACAAGCCCUACAAAUGUAAAGAAUGUGGCAGAUCUUUCAGUCGAAAAUCAUACCUUAUUUGCCACAGCAGAACUCACACUGGAAAGAAGCCCUACAAAUGUAAAGAAUGUGCCAAAGCUUUCAGUCAAAAAAUAAGCCUUAUUCACCACAGCAGAACACACACUGGAGAGAAGCCCUACAUCUGUAAAGAUUGUGGCAAAGCUUUCAGUCAAAAAUCACACCUUAUUUGCCACAGCAGAACUCACACUGGAGAGAAGCCCUACAAAUGUAAAGAAUGUGGCAAAGCUUACAGUCAAAACUCAUCCCUUAUUUGCCACAGCAGAACUCACACUGGAGAGAAGCCCUACAAGUGUAAAGAAUGUGGCAAAGCUUUCAGUCGAAAAUCAUACCUUAUUUGUCACAGCAGAACUCACACUGGAGAGUAGCCCUACAAAUGUAAAUAAUGUGGCAAAGCUUUUGGUCAAAAACCAGACCUUUUUAGGCACAGCAGAACUCACAUUUUCUUCUGGUGGAACUCUACUUUCUUCUGGUUGAAUAUCUUGAGCCCAAAGAUAUGUAACCUGGGAGCUAAAAGAAGUAUGACAAAUGAAGAGGUCCUUUUUGCAUAAGGCAAAUUGCACUUUUUGUAUUUGAUUUUUCUGCUUGUGAAGAUGUACACUUCUCUACCUACAAUGGUAUUAUGAUUGAUGGUGACUUGUGUGAAUACAUGAGGCUUAAAAUGCAGCUACAUGAUUUUGAGUCCUUUCCCUGGUAAAAAAUACUAUAAUUUGUACUCUAAUAGGAGACUCAAAAUGGUGCAAGACAAACCUAUCUUUUUUAAUCUGCCUCUUUAUUCAUGGUAUUCUAAUGGUUUUGAUCUAGUCAGUUCAGACCAUUUCUGAUUAAUGGGUAUCAUCAAGAUGUAGCCAUGUAUUCAAAUUCCCUCUGUGAUCAGUAGCAAUUCUUCCCAUUAAAAAUCAAAACAUUCUCAUAAAGUCUUUGCUAUAUUUUAAGGAUCCACUCUUGCUUUUGCUUUACUAAACAGAAUCAAUUCCACAUAGUUGAGUCCCAAAGUAAAUGGCAAUACAUUAAUCUAAGCACUGUGAGGAAUAUAAGAAAUACAAAAUAUCACCUUUGAAGUAUAUAUUAAAAAAAAUAAGAAUCAUAAAUACUAAGCCAUUACCAUCUAAACUAUACCAGGGCUUUUAAAAUGUAAUCUUAGAUGUUCUACUCACUCUCAUAGUAAGAGGCCUUAGACUCAAAGUCAUUUUAUCUUGUUGUUUUAGUCUGUUUUAUAAUGCUAUAGAAAAAUACCAGAAAUAGGCCAAUGUAUAAAAAGAGAUAUAAAUGCAUAAAUUUAUAUAAUCUAUACAAUAUGGUAAGUGGUUUUUCAUGUUUUUAGCUACAACUUAUUGAAUAUUAUAACAAUCUUACUAUGUGGAUAAGAUGUGGGUAUGAUGAACCAAUAAUAAAUAAAAAUUGCAUGCUGCAUUGUUAGUAAUUCACCAAACAAUUUUUUCAAAAACAGACACUCUGAUGUGUGGUUUUUAUCAACUAUUUUAUUAUGAAUGAAUGAAGUUAAGUAAAUGAAUAAUUGGAACUACAUACUUGCUUAGGGUGCCUAUAAUUCAUUGUUAAAAAACCUUUAGCUAUAUAAGAUUUUAAUACUGUAUCUCACAUUGUGACUUAAUGGAAUUUUGAUUAAUAAUGCUGAAAUCUUUCAUUGAAUCUUAUAUCAGUUUAUGAAAUAAACAUGCUAUAUGUGAUUUCCUCAA